AUUAAGACGAUCUGUGAGCUCGCAACGAACGAAUUACAUCGAUAUCACUUAAAAUCUAUUAAGCAUGGUUUCCAACGUCCUUCUUGCUCUUUGCGUUGUGGUGGCAGUAGCAGCAGCGCUACCCGGCGCCGCCGGUCCCCCUGGAGCUCCCGGAGGUCUUAACCCAUGGAUUCCCCCAUGGCUGGCGUCCGCCCCUUGGUUCCCCCAGUGGACCCCAUGCACAGCUAUUGGCUCCACUUGUUUGGACUGCACUACGAGGCUGGUGUGCACUAAAAUUGGCGGUCUGCAACGUGCUUGCACUGAUCCCACUCUUCCCUACUGCAAUCUUGGCGCAUGCUCAGCGACUCCUUCUGCUGAGUGCGCCGCUCCUGCGGUGAAUGCCUAAACUAUUCAUCUGAUGUCUAGAUUUACAACUUUAUUCAGAUUUGAAAAUGGACGUAGUUAUACGGAAAUAAUCCAACACACCAUGACAAUGACCUUCCGUGGGGUUGGAUCGUUUGUACAUAGGCGUCCAAUUGCUUUACCUUCCAGUAUCAUUUUCUGUAACUUUUGACUC